GUGACAAUGUGACCAGAUCUUCACCAUUCAUUUCCAAUUGGCGGUGGCGGUGAUAGUCUACGUAUACAGCGUGUCGAUCUGUCUCAUGUUCGGAACUUGCGAUCCAGAAGGAAAAUCGCACGCGAACGCCCGCCUAACCCCAUGAUUUCGGACGAUCAGUUGAGGCACGCCAACCACCCCCUCCAUGGCGUUUCGGACGGAAGGCAUGUGGAGUGUCGAAGCAGCACACGCACGCAGGUACUGUACCUCCAGGGUCGGCGAGUCGCGUGUCCCGACCCGUGUCUCUUAUCUCGCUUCUCUACUAUACAAUACCCACCCACCCACACACAUACCUCCGACAAUCAAUCCGGUGUCCACAUACACAUACUCACGCAGCAUACCCAGCCCCAGUACGCGCUCACCAAUUCCUUGGCGUUAAUCCUGAUAAGACAAACCAGCUUACAUAGCCAGUGCCAUGCAUGCACGUAUGGGGAGUUCUCGCGUGAGAUUGCGUUAUGCACCCUGUCUCUCGGAGGGAGGGUGGUAGUGGUGGUGGUGGAGCGGGCUCUUCCUUCCCUUCUUCACGGCAGGCGUGAUGCAUGCAUAUCCCGUCGUUGUUGAGAUAUAUGGUGUAAGAGAUGCUAUGGCAACAGCGACAUGAUGUGAAAAGUACAACCGCGUCGCCCGGGUUCCCUUGUCUCCUUCCCCACAUCUUUCCAGUUUCGUUCACUGAUCGGGUGACGC